AAUUCGGAAACUAUUUGUGAAAAGUGAAAAUGUUCUUCAGGUAUUUGAGGGAGCCGACGGCAACGGAUCUGAUGCCAAGCCGCGAUGGCUUCAAGUACUUGGAGUACGGAAUGAUGGCCUUGGGCUGGGUGCCGCAGGCGAUCGAUAAGAAAUAUCUUUGCAUCUACAAGAUGUGGACGAUGUUUGUGAUAUGCUUGGCUGGCUAUUUGCCCGUCGGCCUGUGCAUUACCUAUGUGAAGGAGUUCAGCACGUUUACGCCCGGAGAGCUGUUCACUUCCCUGCAGGCGGGCUUCAAUGCGCCGGCGGCCUUCACCCGUGGCGUGAUAUCCUUCCUGAAUGUCUGGCGGCUGAUGGAGCUGAAGAAGCUGCUGGAUGAGAUCGACAAGCGUUGCGUAACGGAAGAGGAACGCAUUCUAGUGCAUCGGGCCGUCAUACGUGGCAACAAGAUUUAUCUACUAUAUCAGUUCACCUACUCGAUCUUCGUGACCCUCACGUACCUAACGUCCGUGUGCCGUGGCCUGACGCCCUGGCGUGUGUAUAACCACUUCAUAGACUGGCGAGACGGGCCCUGGAGCCUGUUGAGCGCCUCCUUUAUCGAGUACAUUAUCAUGUCGUCUGGCGUUUACUAUAAUCAAAUGACCGACGUGUAUCCGCUGAUCUUUGGCUUUGCCCUGCGUUCGCAUCUCCAACUACUUUGCACACGGAUCGAAAGUCUGCGCACCGAUCCCUCGAUGUCAGAGGAGCAGAACUAUGUGGCCCUCAGGGGCUGCAUCGGAGACCACAAGCUAAUACUGAAGAUUUGCGAUCUGAUGCGACCCUGCAUAUCGCAAACGACAUUUGUGCAGUUCCUAUUCGUUGGUCUGCUCUUCGGCCUGACCAUGAUCAACUUGAUGUUCUUCGUGGAUCUGUGGAUGGGCCUCGCCUCGAUAGCCUACAUUAUUGCGCUCUUUUUUCAGACAUUUCCAUUCUGUUUCACUUGCAAUCUGAUCGAGAGCGACUGCGAGAAGCUGGCCUUGGCUUUGUUCCAAUCGAAAUGGGUCGAUGCGCCGCGCCCAUAUAAGUCGGCCCUGAUCUACUUUCUGCAGAAUGUUCAGCAAUCGAUACGAUUCACAGCGGGCUCCAUAUUCCCCAUCAGCCUCGACACCAAUAUCAAAGUCGCCAAGUUGGCAUUCUCUGUCGUAACAUUCGUCAAGCAAAUGAACAUUGCUGAAAAAUUGAAGACGACAUAAAGUGGCUGAAGAUGUUAUGCAUGAGUAUAUAUUGGGUAUAGCUAUAUAUAGUAGAGUAUAUAAGGUGAAGAGUAU